AUGAUUAUAAGAUAUAAAAUAAUAAUUCUAAAAAUUUUUCUUUUCGUAUAUGUUAAUUUUUACAUUGAAGGUUUGCAUUACUAUAAUUCACAUAAUAAAAAUAAUGAAAACAUAAACAAAUUAAUAUUUAGAUUUAAAAAAUAUAGAACCUUUAUAAAAAAUACGGUAAAUGAAAAAAAUAAGAACAAUUUUUAUGUUCCAUUAAAAAUUUUAAACGCACGAAAAAUAAAAAGAAUUGAUGAUACUUAUAAAAUAAAAGGCUAUGCUUACUUGAAUUCUUUACUUCAAAAAAAAGUAUUUUUCUUCUUUUUAAAAAAAAGUAGUUAUGAAAGGAAUAGUUAUUUAUCAAAAAAAAAAAAUAUAUAUAAAAAGAAAUUUAGUUUACAUGAAAAUGAAAAUAAAAAUAAUAAUUUAACAGAAGAAAAGAAAAGUAAAUUAAUUAAAAAUAUACAAAACAAUUACUUAGCAAUUGAUUUUAUUGAUGAAAAUAAUGAAACCAGUGAUAUAUUAUUAAAAAUACACAUAAAAGGUAAAUUAAGAGAAUACUAUUAUGAUUUGUGCGUAAAAAAAUAUAAAGAACUUAAAUUAAAAGAAAACAAAUAUGAAUAUUCAUAUUUAAAUGAUGUACCAAUCAACAAUUUAAUUAAUUAUAUAGAUAAAAAUGAUUACUUUAAUAUAUUUUUAAAAUAUGUUAACGAAGAUAUUAUAAAAGUUUAUAAAAUUAUAAAAAAUUUACAUUUAAUAGGAUCACCAAGAUUAUUAAAUAAAAUUGAUCACAUUCAUAUAAGUAAAUUUGAUGAUAUAAUUUUAAAGUUUUCAAUUGAUAAAUAUCCAAUUAUCAAAUUUAAUAAAUCAUAUAUCAAUUUAGAUUUAAAUGUUAAAAUACCUCCAUAUGAAAAAGGUUCCGCAUUUAAAGAAUUUCUAAAAAUUCUUAAAAGUGAAAAUGAAAUUACAAUAAAUUCCGAUGAAAAACAUAAAGUUGAAUGGAAUAAUGAAGUUUGUAUAAAUGUUUUAAGAGGAUGGGUUUAUAAUUUUAAUAAUAUUUAUUAUGAUGAAUUCUGUAAAAUUGAUUCAAAUAACUAUAAAAAGAGUGAGAUCUUAAAUGAUGAAAAAAAAAUAAUAGAAGAGGAAACUCUUAAUAAAGAAAAAAAUGCAUUGGAAAAUAAUAGAAUUAAAGACUUAAUAGAUAUAGAUAAAGACGAAGAAAGCUUCAUUAACAAUUCAGAUAAUUAUAAUGAAGAAAAUUCAAAAAGCGAAAAUGAUGAAAACUUAUUUAAUGAGACAGAUACUGAUAAGAGCGAUUAUGAAUUCUUAAAAAAUGUAGAAUAUACUAAUUAUUUUAAACAAGGUUAUCAAUUGCCUAAUAAUAUUAUUUCAAUGAACAAUUCUACUAUAUCAAUAAAAGAAAAUUAUAAUCCUUUAGGUUUCAAUGAAUCUUUAAUCGGGAUGAGCAAAAAUGAAAAAAAAAAUAUAACUGUACAUAUACCAGUUUAUUUAUUCAAAGAUUAUUUUCAAAAUAAUCAAUUUCAUUAUGAUAAAAAUAAAGAUGAUAUUGUUAAUCUAAAAGAAAUCAAUAAAGAAAGCAUAAAUAAAUUUAGAGAAAUAAUCUAUAAAGAAAUUAAAAAAAUGAAAUAUAAUAGUGUUUUUCGAAAAAUAGAAGAUGUUUUAAAAAAAAAUGAAAAUAAAUUUUUUGAUAGUAAUACUCUAGAAAAAUCCUUCAAACAAUAUAAUGAAUAUGGUGAAGAGAAAAAAAAACAUGAAGAGAAAGAUAAUACAAAUAGUAAAACAGAAGAAGAAUUCUAUUAUGAAAAUAAUGAAGAGGAUAUUGAUUCUAUUCUAAAUGAUGAUCAUGUUACAUAUGAAGAAGAUAAAAAUGAAGAAAAGAAAGAAAAUAACAAAAAUGAAAAAAAUCAGACAAAUGAAAAAAGAGAAAAAAAUGAAGAAGUAAGUUUUAAUAAAAAAUUUGAUAAGUAUUUAGAAGAAUUAUUAAAAGACGACAUUAAUUCGCUUGAUAAUAAAUUAUAUAAUAGAGAAAAUGAUAAAAUAAAAGAAAUUUUUCAAAAUCUUUGUGAUUUAAGUGAAAAUGAUAAAGAAGAAAAUGUUGAUGAAAAUUUAAAUGAUUAUAUAUUAGGAGAAAGUGAUUUAAUUAAAUGCGUUUUAGAAGUAGAAGUGUUAGAUAUUAAAAUAAGAAAAGAACGAAAUGAAAAUAUAAAUGACUAUAUUUUAAAAAAAUAUAAUAAAACAAUAGAUGAAAUAUAUAAAGAUAUAGAAGAAAGAGCUAUAAAGGAUAUACAAAAUAAAUGUGUUCAACAAAAAAGAAUGGAAACAUAUAAAAAAUUAAUGGAGAUAACUUCUUUAAAUGUUCCCAUAACUUUAUUUCGAGCACAGGGUAAAAGAUUGUAUAAUAAUUAUCUGAAAAACAUGCAAAUGAAAAAAAUUGAAAAUGAAAAAACAGAUAACAUUUUGAAUUUUGAAGACUAUUUAAAAAAAUCACAAAAAGAUAUUUAUGAUCAAAUUAAAUUUUCAUUUAUAGUUAAAUCAAUAUUUCAAAAUUCUAAUUUAAAACUUAAUUAUGAAGAAAUAAUAAAAGAUGUCAUAAAGACUUUAAUUAAAACACCAACAAACAAUGUAAAAAAUUUAAUAAAAAGAAUUUAUACUAUACAUCAAGCACAAAGUGUUCUGGAUUUUGUUUCUUUCAAUUCUAAUAUUUCAUAUGAUACAGAUAAUUCGUCCAUUCAUUUUUCCGUUAAUUUAAAAAAAGGGUCACAUUAUACAAAAGAAGAAUUUUUAAAUGAAGAUUCAGGUAAAUCAAAUAAACCAGAAAUACUUGAUGAUUUAAAUUUAUUAAAAGAUAAGGACGAAAAAAUAAAUGAAUUAAAUAAUGAAAAAACUAAAGAAAAAGUCUUUCAUUUUGAUGACGAAUCUCAUUAUGUAGUAGAAAAAAAAAAGGAAAAUAAUGAAAGUAUAGAAUUAAAAUAUUAUACAUUCAAAAAAGGUGCCAACUAUACCAAAUAUUUUCAUGAAAAAUAUAAUAAAAAUAAAUAA